AGCACAUCUGGCCCUCUGCAGCGGGCGGGGAUGGCAGGGUUAACGGGGCCGGGCUCCGCACACACACAGCGCCACGCAGCCGGCGAGGCAGCGCCUUAGCAUGUCCCCCCUGGACCCGUGGGUGCUGAGGGACCCCGCGUGGCUGCGCGUGGUCUGGGUCGCGGCGCUGGGGCUGGGCUCCGUCUGCAUCUGGGUCCUGUUCCUGGUGUGCUCCCUGUGGGGCCGGCAGCCUGUGCGCCUCGGGGCCCAGCCGCUGGCAGGCAAGCAGUCGGGAGGUGGGAGAUCUCAGGCCAGCUCAGAGAAGAGAAGGAAGAAGGGUGCGAAGCAGAACCCUGCUCGCAGCCGGCGGGAGCAGCCCCAGGGAGCACGGGGGCCGCUGAACAAGGAGCCCAGGACAACCAGCACACGAGUGGCAGCCCACAGACAGGAGCUGAUGUCUGCUGGCAGGAAGGAGAAGUCUAGGAUGGCAGAGGAGAGUUCAAGUGGUAGCAGCAGCUCCCCUAGCCCUGGGGACACUCUCCCUUGGAACCUGGCCAAGCACCAGAGGACGAAAAGAACCAAGUCGUCCUCGGGCAGCGGGACCGUGCUGGACCCGGCGGAGAGAGCCGUGAUCCGCAUCGCAGGUAGGGUGCUCGUGAUGCCAGUGGAGGGUUGGAAUGCGCUUUCUAUGGCAGAGGGUCAUAGUUCUCCCCCUCUGGACGUGGUGAGAGACAGUUGCUGUGUGAACAGUGCAGCCUGAUUGGCAGAGCACCAGCAGCCAUUGUGAUUGGGGGACCAUCCCCCCGUGGGCGUGUUUCUAGUGGGAUCUGGUCUCAGCCCAGCGCUAUUCAGUAUCUAUCAAUCAUCUGGGAGAAAAGAGACAAUCACUGCUGGUAACAUUUGCACCCACACCAAGUUGCUGGUGUGGUAAAUACAGGGACAGACAGUCUGGAUCGUUUGGUGCGCCAGGUUCCUCUGAACUGCACACGUUUAAUCCACGUGGGGGCCUGUCGUGUGUCUGCGCAGGGUCACACGACUGGGAACAGAGCCCGUGGGCCCCAUGUGUCAGAUUGGGGGCUGGCUGCUGCAAUGCACGUAGGGGGCGUGAACCUGAACUCCCCGCGCGAUGCUGGGGCUAUAAUGUGAAUGUGAUCCUGGGAACCAUCGAGUAGUGCACGGCGGUGGUGUGACUCCUGUGUGUGGCAUUAGUGGGCUCAUCCUUGGGCCUGGGCCUGGUGGUGGCACUUCAACAAGGAUGUUGCAAACUGGGAAGGAUUCAGAAAAGCUCUACGAGGCUGGUGUGUGGGGUGGAAUUCGGCUGCACAGGGCGAGACUAAAGAAACUCCGUCCAGUUAGCUCAUCCAAGAGAUGUUUCAGAGGUGACUUGGCCGAUUUCUGGUGGCAGACGGCUCUUUAGUCUGGCUGUAAAAGGCAGAAUGAGAUUUGAUGUUGGGAAGUUCAGCCUAGCCAGAAGGUGCAAUUUCCUGUCAGUCAGGGGAUUUCACCACUGGAACAGCUCACCUAGGGAAGUUUAGGCUUAUACAAUGUGCAGGUGACACCAAGUUGGGCGGGGUUGCAAGCACGUUGGAGGGCAGGAUUAGAAUUCAAAAGGCCCUUGACAAAUAGGAGAAUUGGUCUGAAAUCAGCAAGAUGAAAUUCAAUCGACAAGUGCCAAGUAUUUCACGUCGGAAGGAAAAAUCAGAUGCACAGCUACAAACUGGGGAGUAUCUGGCUGAGUGGAGAACUGCUGAACAGGAUCUGGCGGUUAUAACGGGUCGCAAACCGAAUCUGAGCUGUCAGUGGUAGUGUUGUUGUGCUGUGGAGGGCCCAGGGUAGGAGAGAGAGAAGGUGGGUGAAGUAAUGUUUUUACUGGGUGGGGAUCAGUCGUUCUCCGUGGCCGCUACUUUCCCACUCUCAGGGGCUAAGCUCUGGAACAGGCGCCCCAGGGAGAUUGUGGGGUCCCCGCAUCGUUGGUGGUUUUUAAGAACAGGUUGGACAAACACCUGCCAGGGCUGGUCUAGGGUUACUUGGCCUUGCCUCAGCUGGGGGGCUGGACUUGACGAUCUCUUGAGGUCCCUUCAGCCCCACGAUUCUGUGAUUCCGGGAUGGAGGAUUCUCCAUUGCUCGGAGACUGAAUGUCCCUGCUGUGGCUCAGUUCGGAGUCCCGGGUUUGCUGCAGGAGUCACUGGUGAGGGGUUCUGGGCUGUGGCUGGGAAGAAGGUUUGGGGGCUGGGGUGGAGAAUCAGCUGAACGUGAUCCGUAUGUGACGCUGGGGCCAAAGGGCUAAUGGGAUCUAUGGAUGCAUAAACGGGGAAUCUCGAGGAGGAGCAGAGAGGUUAUUUCACCUCUGUGUGUGGCCCUGGGGCAAGCACUGCUGGGAUCCUGGGGCCAGUUCUGGUGCCCACAGUUCAAGAAGGACGUUGAUAAAUUGGGGAGGGAUCAGAGAAGAGCCCCGAGGGUGAUUAAAGGGUUAGAAACCUGCCUUAGAGCAAGAGACACCAGGGGCUCAGUCUCCUCAGCUUAACAAGGAGCAGGUCAAGGGGCGACGUGAUCGCAGGCGUGGGGAACAGAGAUUAACAACAGGCUGCUGACUGUAGCACGGGACGGUCUAAGACGAUCCAGUGGCUGGAAGCGGAAGCUAGACUCGUUCAGACCGGAAAUAAGGCCUAGAUUUUUAACAGUGGGAGUAACUAACCAAUGGGACAGCGUCCCCAGGGUGGUGGGGGAGUCUCCAGCACUGGCAACGUGUGAAUCCAGACGGGCUGUUUGUCUCCACGCUCUGCUCCAGGAGCUGUUGUGGGGCAGGGCUCGGGUCCGUGCGACAUGGAGGGAUCACAGUGGGCCCUUCUGGCCUUAAACUCCAUGAACAGAAUCUACAAAUAUCCGGGCCAUGUUGUGGGAACAUAAGAGCAGCCGUACUGGGCCAGAGCACAGACCAACUAGCCCAGUCUCCCGUCUCCAGCACUCGUCUGUAUCAGCGCUUCAGAGGAAGAAAAGAGAACAGAGCAAUUAUGGAGUGACCCUCCCCUGUUUUCCACUCCCAGCUUCUGCCAGUCAGAGGUUGCCCCAAACAUGGGAUUUCAUCCCUGACCAUCUUUGCCAUCACAACAUCCCAUGGCAGUGAGUUCCCUAGGUUAGUUGUGCAUUGGGUGAAAAAAUAUUUCCGCUUGUUUUGUAUUAAACCUGCUGCCUGUUAAUUGCGGGUGACAUCUGUGUUUUUGUGUUGUGGGAAAGGUUAAAUAACUCUUCUCCAGGCACCUUCUCCACCCCAGUCAUGAUUUUAUAGUCCUCUGCCUUACCCCCUGUUAGUCGUCGCUUUUCCAAGCUAAGCAGUCCCAGGUUUUGUAAUCUCUCCUUGUAUAGAAGCCGUUCCAUACCCCUAAUCAUUUUUGUUGUCCUUCUCUGAACCUUUUCCAAUUCCAAUGCAUCUUUUUUGAGAUGGGGCCAC